AAAGGCCCAUUUCACAUUCAAUUUCUGGCCCAAUAAAAGCCCAAUAAUUUGAUUGUUCAACCUUUCUGUCCCUUCCUUUGUCAGUGAAUCGAAGAAAACCAAAAACCCUCCGCGAUCUAAACCCCUCGCCACCAUCACAGUUUGCCGCCGGCCAUGGCGCAUCGACGUUCACUCCACUCCCUGGCUCGCUUCUUCUCUUCACACUCCACCGUCGCUCCGGGAUGUGCUCUGAAACCGGUCGCCUCGAUUCUCCCGAAUCAUUUCUCCACGGCCGCAACCAGCUCGAGUUCCGAUUGCAUUGUUCCAAAGUCGGACGCCACUUCUUGGUGCAGCAGCCUCUUCUCCCGCAACCGAGCUCGACAUUUUUGUUCUAGCUCACGGAAAGAUGAUGAUGAUGAUGAAGACGAAGAGGAUGACGGCGAGGAUGACGACGAGGAGAGCGAAGGAGACUACAGUGAUGAAGACGAGGAGGGAGCUAGGGAGUCGUCUGAUUCUAAUCCGAAGCCGAAACCGAAACCGCCGCCGGGUCCCGUAGACAAGGUGGCCAGGGCUGCUGAGAUUGGAUACAAAGUGGUCGGCAAGCUACAGCCAUCUGAUAAAGUCUUCAAACCGUACGAGCCUGUUUACGCUGUCGUUCAGAUUGGGUCUCACCAGUUUAAGGUCAGCAAUGGGGAUACUAUUGUCGCUGAGAAAUUGAAGUUCUGUGAUGUAAAUGACAAGUUGAUUCUCACCAAGGUUCUGUUGUUAGGGUCAGCAACCCAAACAAUUGUUGGUAGACCAAUUGUGCUGGAUUCAGCUGUUCAUGCAGUUGUUGAGGAGCAUGCAUUAGACGAGAAGGUAAUAAUCUUUAAGAAAAAGAGGAGGAAGAACUACCGCCGAACUAAAGGACAUCGUCAGGAAUUGACUAGAUUAAGAAUCACCGACAUUCAAGGAAUUGCAAAACCUGAAAUCAAAGUAGAUCCAAAACCCACAAAGCCCACGAAGCCGACGAAGCCUACAGUUAAGGAGCAAGAAAAGGUUGCAGUCGCUGCUUAGGAAACAUUCUGUCGUCUUGCCAGUAAUGCUCCCUGGGCUUGUAAGGUCAGAUAAUAGUUCUGCAAUGCUGUGUUUAGUUUGGCAGAGUACCUUUAGAUCCAUUCAGCAAAGAUGCUUAUUAGGGGGACAAAGUAAGUGAACCAUCCAAGAAGAUGGUUGGCAGGUUGAUCCGAUGGAAAUAUACUACUUUCACCUGUCAUCUUCUUCACUCCACUGCAUUUCUUGUCUGUCAUCUUUUGGUAGCUAUACUGCUUUCCCCGUUUAAUGUAAUAGAGUUUGUCCUAAGAGGCUAUCAAUUGAGGAUCAAAUAAAGUAUCCUUUUGAUAUGAGACUUUGUUCUUCUGUUAGGUUUUUUUUUAUAUAUGCUUGAAACGGAUUUGGCCUUAUCGUGCAAAUGCUGAUUAGUGAUUUCAAGCAUGAGCCUUGGGCUUGAAGCUUACUGUAUUAGAGCAUUUGGUCUUGUUUGAUGAAUGUUUAAUCCCCCCUGGCUUUUGAUAUAGUUGAUUGCUGGUUUAACUGAAAGUUCCCCAUCGUCUUGGUAAACUUGGUGCCUGCAGGUGCUGUGUGUGGCUGCGUGGCCGGUAGGUAUUCUUCCAACUUGUCAUGUUCUCGAUCCGUUUUAUGAUACUAUCGUGUCUCUUAGAAAAACAUGUUUCAACUCUAAUGUAGUUAGUUGCAAGUACUAGCCUUCACAUCUCGAAUAACUCAACUUCACCAGUAGGUGGAGAUGAAUCCACUCCUCCUGUCAUUCUUCUUGAUCACUCCAGUUUUGGCAAACAUAAAACAUGUGUUGUUUUGUUUUGUGUCCACUUUCAACAGUUGGAAAGAGCACUUUGAGUUAGAAAUGGAUAGAGACGAUGGCACUAUCUAGCAGCAGUGCCUCCACUGUGAAAAAAAAAAAGCAUGAAACAAAAAGGAACACAAAAGAGAGAUUCUGAGGAAAAAGGGAAGGAGAGGAGAACGAUUGCACCGUUAGAAUGUCUAUCUCUUCAGUUGACCCGCAACUUACUGUUUAAACACUUUACCAAACUUUAUUUUCCCCUUUACAAAUUCCUCCAUUAUAGUGGCUUGAGAGUCAAUAGGAAUUAGGAAAUUAUACCGUCUCGAAUAGUAUUUUUGUAUAAUAAAAUUAUGCGAGCUUGUUACUGAAGUUUAAAAUAACUGAUAUAAUAGUGCCGUAAGAUAUAUUCUUAUCGAAUUUUAUGUUCGAAGUUUUCAGAUUAGAUUUUUAAUUCUCUCGAAUUAAUGAUAAAGUAGUCACUCGAGUCAUAUGAUUAUCUUUUAAAUUUGAGAGAAAAAAAUUCAAGUAGUCUUUGGGUAAUGAGUGACGAGUAACUAAUUGGGUUUGCAUCGAGUAUGAGUAAUGGGUUAAAUUGAAUUGUUUGUCAGUUCAUUAAAGCUCAUGUGAUUAUCGCAUUACUAAUUUUGAUGAUUUGAGAGACUGAUAUGAAAUAUUUAAAAAGAAAAUUCAACAAAGAUAAAUGAAAUGACUGUAAUGUACUAAUUAUCACAAACUUUGCUGACAAAUUUAUUAAUCACCAACUCAAAGUUUAGGGUUCAAGAUGUAGAUUUGGCUCCUUAAAUUGAUUGCACAAUUUUUAAUAGGAACAUCGCCAUACCACCAAAGCUAGGGUUAGGCGCAAGCUGAAGAUUUGAUUUGAGAUCAUCAAAGGACCAAAAGGAAUCCUUGUAGAUAAAAAAAAAAAAAAAGUCAAGUUGUAUAGAAUGUGCAUUCCAGGUAUAUAUUUAGACUCACUCACUAACCCACUAACGAAUUUGUGCCUUUGCAUGAAAUCAAACAUAUAAAUAAAUAAAUAAAUAAAAUAAAUGAUUUCGUGGUGCUUGUGAAAAAGCAACAUAUUCAAGAGUGGAAGUCGGUGUUUAUUUAUGUAGAAAGGACAGAUGGACAAUUGUUUUACACAAUAAUUGGCCAACCCAAAAGGAGAAAAGUCUUCUUCAUUUGGGGUUUAUUAGGAAAAUUCUUCAUCAUUGUGCUUUGGGGCUUGGAGGGGCCAAUGGAGAAAUAGUAUUUUGGAUAUGAGAUCAUGAAGAGUGGCAAUGGAUUGUUUGGAGAUGAUGUGUAUUUUUAUGAUGUAGAAAGAAGUGAGUUAGAUUUUGAAUCCAAUAAAAUAUUGAUAUCGAA